AUGCCUUCGAAACGGAAACGCGAUAUCCUCGAAGGCUUUGACCCGAACAAAUCGGACUCAGAAGACGAAAACUUUGACCCCACCGAGGUGCGCCCUACAAGUAGACGGAGUGCUAAGAAGUCGCGUUCAUCGAAGUCGAAGGGUCGCAGAAAGCGGUCCAACAGAUACAGAGGGUCAGACAUCGAUGAUGACGACGAAGUCUCCGAUAGCGAAGACGAGUCGUUCGGUGAAUACGAGGAUGAGCAAGAUGACGAAGAUGAAGAUCUUCCCGUGGGUGCGACAGGCAGAAGAAUGAGGAGGGCAGCUGUUAAGGCACUUUCUUAUAAAGAGAGCAGCGAAGGAGAAGAGGAUGAAGACGAGGAUUCGGCCAAAGAUGGCGAUGGCGACGAAGAGGAAGCCAAGGAAACAUCUCCAAAGAAACCAGCGGGUCGGCCUUCGAGGAUCGUGGUUCUGAAGACAAGCCAGUCGGCACGGCAAGCUGCAAAACGUGGAAACGAAGAGCCCGCGCCAAACCCUCCGCCGACUCGCCGGACUAGAGCUCGGACGGAGGAAGUAGAGGAGCCUUUCCUGGAGCUUUCGAAUUCCGGAAGGCACGCACAACCGGCACGCGCUUCACGGAGCAGAAGCCCGGAAGCUGUGGCUCGGACGGCACGCACUACUCGUGGAGGCAAAGGGCUUAAGAACCCACCUCCGAUCGAAGAGGCGACCCAGGAAACAGAAACUAAAGAAGAUCCCGACCAAGCGAUGGAGUCACCGGACGAGCUCGCCCUUACUAAGCGUGAAGACGAGCCGGACAAUCAGGACGAAGAGGGCGGUGCGGAACGCGGUGGUGAAGAAGAAGCCGCCAUGGAAGACAAGCAAGAAGAUCAACCGGAAGGCGAGGGUCCAGCAGCGGAGGAAGAGGAUGACGACGAUGCGCCUUACACCAGGCGAACCAGGGCCUCGAGAGCGACUGCCGCUGCGUCGGCUGCAGCCGAGGAGAGUAAUGCCGAGCCACCAACUACGCGAGCUGGCGGUCGCCGUCUCCGGCAGAGGUCGGGGCUCCGGAGCAAGAAGGGUACGCAGGAACCGAGCAGCGAUUUUGAGCCUGGUGAUGAGUCCGGCGAAGGCGACGACUCAGGGUCCGAGGCCUCAAAGAAUGGUGAUGCUAGUGAAAAUGAAUCGACUCCGACACCUCGCGGGCGCGGGAACCGUGCCCGAAGUCGAAGAAGCCGCCGCAAAAAGGAUGACUCUGGCGACGAAGAUAUCGAGCUCGACAGAAACGAGAUGGCAGAAGAACUGGAAGAGCUUAGGGAGAGCUCCAGGUCACGCCCUCGCCGCAGUCGCCGCCGAUCACCCUCCAUCCAAUACGAGGAGCCGAUCUCUAAGAAACGCCGCACGAAGCCGGUCGACUACAGCAUUCCCGCGAUCGACCCAGCCGUGCUGGAGGCUGAAGAUGACGAUGAGCCGGUCGCCACGCCAGCGAGGAACCGUCGAUCUGGCAAGGGUGGCAGCAGCUCAGCUUGGGAGCGGACUCUCAACACCACGUAUGGGCCGUUUGGCGGCGGCGGUGGACCGGGGUCUCUGCUUGGCGGUCCAUGGGGCACCGGAGCGACGGGUGGCGUCGACUCGGACAGCAGUGACGAUGAAAUGGUGCAGCGGUCCGGCAUUGGCGGCGGUGUCGGCAUGACCCCUACAACCGCCGCGCCGGCUGUGGGCUUGUACAACCCGCCCGUCGGUCAAACCCACAACGCCGAUGGAGUCGGCGGCAUUGGUGGCGGCACGCCGCAGGUCGGCAAGGUCAAGAACCAAAAAGCAUUUGCCGACGCUGAUCCGCUUGGAGUGGAUAUGAGUGUCGACUUUAGCAAGGUCGGCGGCUUGCAGAGCCACAUCGACCAGCUGAAGGAAAUGGUCCAACUGCCGCUACUCUACCCGGAGCUGUUUCUCAAGUUUCACGUCACACCUCCCCGCGGUGUGCUGUUUCAUGGUCCUCCAGGAACAGGCAAGACUCUCCUUGCUAGAGCCCUGGCAAAUUCCGUCGGUUCCGGCGGCCGCAAGAUCAGCUUCUACAUGCGGAAGGGAGCGGAUGCUCUCAGCAAAUGGGUUGGCGAGGCCGAGAAGCAGCUGCGUUUACUGUUUGAGGAAGCGCGGAGGACACAGCCCAGCAUCAUCUUCUUCGACGAGAUCGAUGGUCUGGCGCCUGUGCGGUCAAGCAAGCAGGAGCAGAUCCAUGCCAGUAUCGUCUCGACACUUCUGGCGUUGAUGGAUGGCAUGGAUGGCCGUGGCCAAGUCAUCGUCAUUGGCGCGACAAACCGUCCGGACAAUAUUGACCCUGCGCUGCGUCGACCUGGUCGCUUUGACAGGGAAUUUUAUUUCCCCCUGCCUGACCUCGAGGCGCGUCGGGCCAUCAUCGACAUCCACACGAAGGACUGGGGUAUCUCUGACGAAUUCAAGAAUAGCCUUGCUGAAAACACCAAAGGCUACGGUGGCGCUGACUUGCGAGCGCUUUGCACUGAAGCUGCCCUGAAUGCCAUCCAGAGGACGUACCCUCAGAUCUACAGCUCCAAGGAGAAGUUGGUUGUCGAUCCCGACAAGAUCACUAUCCAUGCCAGCGAUUUCAUGCUCUCUAUUAAGAAGAUGAUUCCCUCGUCCGAGAGGUCCACCUCGUCGGCUGCUUCGCCGCUGCCGCGCGUUGUUGAGCCUCUGCUGAGGAACCAAUACAGGGCUAUCUUGAGGGUCCUGGAUAAUAUCCUCCCGCGGCCCAAGAAGACUACGGCGCUCGAAGAAGCCAUGUAUGAACCGUUCGAAGACGCAGAUCACGGAUUCGGUAGAGAGGCGAUGCAUCAAGAGUUUGAGCGGUCCCGCAUCUUCCGCCCGCGUUUGCUCAUUUCUGGUGUUCCUGGAAUGGGUCAGAACUAUCUGGCGUCUGCCAUCUUGCAUCAUCUGGAAGGGGUGCAUGUGCAAACAAUGGACCUGGCUACUCUGCUGGGCGACGGACGGCCCAUGGAGCAGGUCAUCGUCAGUCGGUUCACGGAGGUGAAGCGUCACAAGCCGAGCGUCAUCUUCAUCCCUGGAGUGGACAUAUGGUGGAGCAGCCUCACGGAAGCGGCCAUCACAACAUUUACCACCCUGUUAAGGAGCAUUCCGCCUUCCGAUCCUAUCCUCCUUCUAGGGACCGCAGAAUGCCCGCCCGAGCAGUUGGCGCCCGAGAUUCUGAAGGAGUUGUUUGGCUUCUCCAAGAAGAACCGGGCCGUUGUCGAGAGACCAGAGCGGGAAAAUCGACUCGAAUUCUUCGAGAACAUCAUCAGCCACUUGAAGAAGUCACCAACCGAGUUUCCGGAUCCUGCAAGUCGCAAGAAGAGGGUCCUUGAAGAUCUCCCGGUUGCGCCUCCUCCCCCGCCACGGACCCUGACCGCGGAAGAGAUUAAGGCUCAGCGUAAAGCGGACCUGCGGGCUCUGAACCAUCUCAAGAUCCGCCUACAACCCAUUAUGGACCAGAUCAACCGCAAAUACCGGAAGUUCAGGCAACCAGUGAUACCUUUCUCGCAGAUUGCGUACCUGUUUGAGGAAGCGGACCCCAAUUACGUUUGGCCUGACAUCGGCAAUGCCGAGAAGAGACCUUACGAGAUUGCAAAGGAUGCGGAGGGCACGGAGGGCAUUCGAGAGACGGCCACGGGCAAAUUUUUCUACAAUCUCGAGACCACCACUAUCGAGGAGCGCCUGGCCAACGGAUAUUACGCAAGACCAAUCGACUUCUACAAGGAUAUCAACAAGCUGUACCUUGACGCCAAGAACAUCGGUGACCGCGACAGGACGCUGAAGGCGAACGAGCUCCGCACCAACGUCGAGGUUGAUGUCGACGAGAUUGCGCAGGCUCUUGCGGCACAAGGCAUGAGGUUUGACGAGAUAUACGAAAGGCAACUCCAGAGGGCCAGGGAGGCGGAAGAGAAGGCUCGCAAGAAGAAGGCGCUGCAACCGGUUGUCGACAUGAUCCAGUCGGAGGCUCAUGGCGACGUCGAUAGCGACUCGCAAGGACCGGUGGGUAUUGGGCUUCCCCUGACACAGGGUGUGCGGACAACGACCGCAGCUAGGUUCCAGCCGAUCAUGAGCCCCGAGUCUAAGGGGCACGGGGCCUCGACCGACUCGCAUCGUCUGACAAACGGGACGUCGGGUCCGUCCCAAGCGGAUGGAGAGGACGUCCAGAUGGGCGGGCUGGAUGACGACACUCAACCCACUGGUCCUCGACCAGACCUCGUCUCGCCCCUUCAGUGGCCUCAUCUGGGGAGCCGGCUGCCGCUCGGAGACUCGACCAGAGCGACCGCGGGUACUCAGUUCUCGCAGCGCUCGGCAGUUACCUCUAUCCCUCCUGGCGUAUCGCCGUCUGCCAUCCUCAAUGAGGCGUCAACCACUAAGACAUCAGACUUGUCCACCAGCCGUGGCGCUAAUAACUGGAGCACGCAGCGCAGCGACACUCAGCGCACCAACGGGGUGGCACACAACCAGGACGAAUCAUCGCUGCUCCUCGACACCCAGCUCCACACACAGCAGCCGGGUCAGUCUCAGAGCGGCCAGUUCAUUGGCCCCCUAAGCCAGUCAAGCUCAAGCGGCAAAGAGUGGCCGCACUCGCAAGCGGAUGCCAUGGCCAAGGGCAUGCUUCAGCCUCGGAAUGGAAUGGGCAUCAUGGGCCCGCCGCCGGGAAGCGGUGUGGGGUCCAUCCGUGUCCCAGAGGACAACGGUCCCCCUUCCUCCCAGCCGCAACCGCGCAGGCCCUCUGCCGCCAGCCUCGGUAACAUCCUCAAUGAAGACAGGAGCAGCAACCACGCCUCCCACCUCGGCAGCGGCGCCAGCAACAGCACCGGCCCCGGUGCGCACACCCCCAAGUCCGGCUCCGGUCCUAGCAGCGGCGGCAGCGGCAGCGACAGCAAAGCACCCAGCGGCAGCGCCCACGCCUCGGUAGGCCGCGGAUCCGGGGCCAACUCGCUCCACCAGUCGGGCUCGACCAACCCAUCCCAGCAACCGGUCAUCUACGAGGGCAGCCUGUACGAGUUCCUGCAGACGCUGGCGGACCGCACGUCGGGCUGCAGCGUCGAGCAGCUGGAGCAGAUCUACCGCGAGCUCAUGGACGAGAUCUGGAAGACGCGGCACGAGUGGAACCGCAUGACGGUGCUCAACCGGCUCAUCUCGGUCUUCAACGACACGAUCGGGGACAUCGAGCUCGUGCAGGGCGCGCUGGUGGAUAGCCAGAAGCAAAAGGGGGGUAAGGAGGCGGCCGUCGCGGGGGAGGAUGGCGGCGGGGAAGUGCUGGACGGCGUCGACGGGGUCGGCGGGGUCGAGGGCAGUCAGAGCCAAAGCCAGAGUCAGGGGAACGCGGCGGAGGAGCCGUGGUUCUAUCUGAAGUAG